GAGAGAGACAUAGAGACAGAGAGCUGCAUAGCUAGCUUCUUGUGAAAGAUGAGAAGAAUCCAAACUUAUAUGCCACAUAAAAUAGCCUCCCAAACUUUGCUAUAAAGCCACACACCCCUCCUUGCUCCUUUCCCUCCCUCCUCUCUUCUUCCUCUCCUUGAGCGCCAUUAGCCAUUAGCACCAAGGUUUUGUACAUUGUAGCUGAUCAUUCAUUCCUAUAGCCAUUGAAGCAAGGCUGGUGUGGCUGUCUGCAUUUUAGCUUUGGAUAUAGCCCUGCCUGCAUAUAUAUAGCUCCGAGCACCCCUUUUGCUGUGAGAGUUUCGAGAGAGGAGGACGAAGCAAAUGGCACCGGUGAGUCUGCCUCCGGGUUUCCGGUUCCACCCCACCGAUGAGGAGCUCAUCAUCUACUACCUUAAGAGGAAGAUCAAUGGGAGACAGAUAGAGCUCGAGAUCAUUCCAGAGGUCGAUCUUUACAAGUGCGAGCCAUGGGAUCUUCCAGAAAAAUCAUUCCUUCCAAGCAAAGACCUGGAGUGGUACUUCUUCAGCCCUCGAGACCGCAAGUACCCUAACGGGUCUAGGACAAACCGCGCAACCAAAGCCGGGUACUGGAAGGCGACAGGGAAAGAUCGCAAAGUGAACUCGCAGAGGCGUGCAGUUGGUAUGAAGAAGACCCUGGUGUACUACCGUGGCCGAGCCCCACAUGGUUCUCGCACGGACUGGGUCAUGCACGAGUACCGCCUCGACGAAUGCGAAUGCGAGAUCGACAAUGGCUUACAGGAUGCAUAUGCACUAUGCCGGAUUUUCAAGAAGACAGCUCCGGGGCCAAAGAUCAUAGAGCACUAUGGCGCAGUACAGUACCAUGCCGAGCAGCCUCAGUGGGGGACAAGCUGCAGCGUCGAGCGCUCGCCGACGCUGGAUGUUUCGUGCGAUGGAAGAGGCGGUGCCGAUGAGUUUGAGACCAGCAGCUUCUCUUUCCCGACGGAGGCGGCGCCAAUGGCGUCCAGCUCCAUGCACGGUGGCUGUGGGUUCGGGAUGCCGAUGAUGAGCGGCGGUGCACCUCAGGAGGACGGCAGAUGGAUGCAGUUCCUCAGCGAAGACGCCUUCAACGCCACCAAUCCCUUCUUCAUGAACCCUGCAUCUGCCUCCAACUUUUCAUGCUUUCCAUCCAAGGUGGAUGUGGCACUAGAGUGUGCAAGGCUGCAGUACAGGCUCGACCUGCCUCCACCAUUGGAGGUGGAGGAUUUCCCACAGGACGUCAGCCUCGACACGAAGACGGGCAUCCUCCGGAGCAACCCCAAUGAGGUUGACAUCCUCCAGGAGUUCCUGUCAGUGGCCUCAGCGUCGCAGGAACUGAUCAAUGGCAGCAGCAGCAGCUACACUGAGACGUGGUUAGGUGGUGCCGGCACGAGCAGCGCCGGCAACCACUACAUGAACGAGCUGUCCUCUCUCGUCGAUCUCGGGGCGACCAAGGCGAAGGAGGAGGCCGACAAUUUCUACCAGCUGUGCAGCAUUGGUGCGUCGAUGACGAGCCGCGAUGAACCGGCAAGGCUGGUUGAGAUUAGUGACAUGGAGGAGUUCAAGGAAGAGAAGAGGCGGGUGGAGAACCUCAGAGGUGUCAAGCUGGUGAACAAUGACCUCGGAGAGUCGAUUUUUCUGAAGCAGAUUGUUGUAGAAGGAGAUGAAAACAAUCAAACAGAAGUCAUCACGCAUUAUCCUAUAAAAGAUGCUGCAGACACAUCAGGAGAAGCCGGUCAUCACCUGACCGAUGCCACUGACGCAGUCGGCAUUGACGACACGGCCCCGAUCUUCUCGCAGUCUCAGCCUGACGACUUCGCUAUCAUCGCUGCAGCUGGUUUCCAUGACGAAGAAGGCGAAAAUGCGUCCCUGGAUCUGUACGACAAGCAGGUUGUCGACGUCCAGCACGGGCUCUUCGUCUCACGGGUUGGCGCGGCGGAGACGUUCUUCCACCGUGUCGAGCCGCCUAACAAGGUCAGCUUCCACCUGAAUCCAGCAGCGAACAGCAGCGUCGGCGUCGGCAAGGCGAUCUCCGAGAAGAUCCAUUGUUCUUAUCAUUAUCUCCCCGUCACGUCCAAAGUUAGCGGUAGCAACAAGGUUUCUUCCAUCUUCAGCAAGGUGAAGGCACUCGUCAGGGACAAAUUCAUGGCGAGAAAGCCGUCAUUGUCGCUUCACCGAAGAAGGUCUGAAGAAACGGCGACAGUGAGUGAGCUGCUGCAGAUCGUGUCACUCCUCUUGGCAGCACCCAGCAGCAACAAGGAAGUUACUGAGCAAGGAGAUCUGGUGGCCAGGAAGAAGGCCAAGGAACCGGUGAUGAUGAAGCCGCCGGUAUGGGGUUGCGAUGAUGGGUGCAGCAAUCCGUGGCUUCCCAAGAGGAACAACAAUAAGGGCAUUUCCGGCAUGUUUUUGAGUGGGAAAUGGGCGUUUCUAACCUCUGCAUUAUUGGCCAUCCGCGCCCCAGCUGGCUCGUGCAACUGAUCACUGAAACUGAAGGUCUAAUUUCGAUUCAUCUAUCGUCACAUGUAACAACACUGUUGAUUUGUUCUUGUAUUAACCUUGGUAGCUCGUGCGUCUGUUAAUUAAUUAAUUAACUGGUGUAUAACUUGGAGGAUGUCGUCACUAUUUGUACGCAUGUAUACGUUGAUGUAUUAAAUUGUACCUAAUUAAAUGUUGUUGUAAUUUGUAAGUUCGAGACAUACAUAUAUUAUAUGGAUAUACAUAAACAGCGCUGGUCAGCGUAUUUCUUCU